AUGGCCCGCAAGUACUUCUACUUUGACUACGACUAUUAUGGAGUUAGUUUUUAUGAGGAAGAAAUAAUGACCGAGCCCGAGGAAAGGUUGUGCUACUCAGCAAGCAGUGGCACUUUUGACCAAGGAGUCAUAGAAGCCCUGAAUAAGCUACGUUGUGAGAGCGACCAGAGCUCUGUAGGCAACCAUAGCUACGAGGGCUGUGACACGAAUAAGCAUGAAGAGCUGGACAUGGCCAGGAGCAUGACCGUAGCCAGUGACCAGCCAUCAUUCAGGAUUCCUCGGAAACCGUACAAAUUCACGCCUGGACAGCUGUGGGAACUUCAGGCAGUUUUUGAAGAAACUCAGUACCCAGAUGCUCUCAGACGAAAAGAGCUGGCUGAGCUCAUGAAUGUGGAUGAACAGAAAGUGAAGGAUUGGUUUAACAAUAAGAGAGCUAAACUGAGGAAGAAUCAGAAGGUAAUAAAGACAGGCAAGCACUCCGCUUCUACCAAAGAGAACCCUGACAUGAAGGCUUUGGUGGAGUCCAAGAACAUCAUCAUUCUCCAGGAGCAAGUCGGGGAUGGGCUCUUCUGGUGUCGCCAGAACUUUGACACCUAUGCUGGCCAGGAGAUCCCUAUCUCUCUCCUCUUACGCUAACAAAAAAU